CUUAACUCUUUGAUUGGUAGCAAAUCACCCCUCAACCUUCUUCAUGCACAAACUAACCCCUAAACUCACCUGUGACAAAUCAGCCCUUCUGUUAAGGCUGAUGUCAUCGUUCCUUUAACAUUUAACGUGGGUAUGCCUUACCAUGACGGGCUCUUCUUCUUCAACAUUGCAUUCCCGCCCGAUUAUCCUAGUCGACCGUCGAUGGCUCACUAUCGAUCUUUUGGGUAUCGGAUCAACCUAAACCUGUACGCGAAUUGGAAGGAGAAGAAAUCCGCCGCUUACAAUGAGGAUGCUUUCCUGCUGUCUUGCCGGACGAUGAUGCUUUUGAUCAAGCGACCUCCAAAAUAUUUCAAAGGCUUUGUUAUGAAGCACUUUAGGGAUCAAUCGAGCUUUAUUUUAUUGGCGUGUAAAGCGUACAAAAAUGGGAGUGCAAAGAUCGGGUAUUGCAACCAUCAGUGCGAAUCAUCAUCUUGUGUAUUAGAAAAGUUCAAGAAAUUGAUGAAACAACAGUACUCGGAGCUUGUGGUAAUGUUUUCAAGAACUGGAGCUUCUCUGGGGAAUUUCGUCGAACAGGUGAAUGUGGGUAAGAAAACGGCGGCACCGGCGUCGGAGAGUCAAGCGAGGCCAAAACAUAAAGUUGGCGGUGUUCUGGGGAAAUUAUUAAAAUUUUUGAGAUUAAAGAAGAUGGUUUCUUGAAAGAGAUGAAAGGGAAGGAAUUUGGAUGCUUUUGCUGGAUACUUUUUCGAAAGAAAAACAAAGGUAGAGAAUAAUUUUUU